AUGCCCAUGACGCUCGAUGACCGACUGGCAGGCAUGUACAGCAACUUCAUGCUGACGAAACCACUCGAUCCCGACGAGGCCGACAAAAGCCUCUCGGCCGAUUACCCUUACCACCACAUCUGGCCACCACCAGCCAUCCCGGCUCGACACCAUGUUGCCGGCAUCGAAUCCGGACAAGCCGUGGCGCAGACAUCCACCCAUGACAGGCCUCGACGCCGGUCUCAAGUGUCCGAUCAGACCUUCCGCAUCAGGCAAUGGAUGGAGCUCACCGGAACACCGCCGCCGCCGUUGCCCUGGGCUGGUGCGCCUUUACAUAACGGUAACGCUGGUGCGGCUCCCAUGGGCGUGCAUAUUGGCGAAGAAAUCGUUACAUACUCCACUCUAGAUCCCACGCUAUACACACCGACGGCCACGAAACCGUGGCGCGGGAUCUGGGUCGGCGACUACAGUGGUCACGGCUGCGAAUUUCUAUUGGUGAACCAGCCAGACGAUCUCCCAGCCACCGAUCUUGAGCUCGGUCUGGAGCGAGGUGACACGGAGACGGAGGACGAGUGGCAGAGGCGGCGGCUCGAUGCACGGAUAUACAGAGGCCGACUCGAGGCCAUCAAGCUGACCGGCGACCCGAAUAUACCUCGCGGCGAAUAUACAUUUGUGGCUGAUGAUCUUGGCCCGGCCGGGUAUGUGGGCGAUGCCCAGGACGAAAUGUUUGCUGGUGCUCGCAUGGUGAGAAGCAAAGGACAUGUGGCUGCAGCCGGGUUCCAUCGGGGUACGUACUGCCGACCGCAAUAA